AUGGAUGAGAAGCAUACACCCUCGAACCUCCUCCAUUGCGGAAUAGUGGGCGCAGGAAUAGCAGGACUCGCGGCCGCCAUUGCGCUGCGUCGAGCCGGUCACGAAGUCGAUAUCUACGAGAAAAGCUCAUUCAAGCUUGAGAUUGGCGCCGCAAUCACAAUCACGCCAAACGGGAACUUGGUCCUGGACCGUUGGGGCUUCGACGCAGAACGAGCUCAAGAGACUCUGAAGCUCCAAUUCCGAGCGGUCGAUCAUAAAACGCUGCAGGAGCAGAUACAGCUGCGCUUCGAUGGGGUCGCCGAACGCUAUGGUCAUGCGUUCAACGCUUACCAUCGAGUCGAUAUGCACGAGGAAAUGCGACGGCUGGUUUUGGAAGCUGGAGCGGCCAUCCAUUUAGGUCAACCCGUCGCUGACAUCGACUGUGAGGCUGGAAUCAUCAAGUUACAAAGCGGAGGGCAACUGCACAAGGACCUGCUCGUCGUAGCAGACGGCAUCAACAGCCCCUUCGUCUCAAGCAUCGCGGACAUUCCAGACCCCUUCUACCGCACCAAAAGCUCCACCUACCGCACCCUCAUCCCCGUCUCCAAACUCAUGGCCGACCCACUGAUCCGACCGUUAUUUGAAAAUCAGUCGUCCGGCUUCCUGGCGACUAUGAGCUCUGCCACGGGAACCUUUUGCAUGUUGUAUCCCUGCCGCCACGAUAAGCUCAUGAAUUUCGCCUACUUCCACGUAGCCAAGGAGCAUGAGAAGGACAAGCAGAGCUGGCAUUCGCCUGCCACGAUCGAGGACGCGGUCAAUGUACUUGAGGGCUUUCAUCCGGCUUUUGAGGCGAUUGCUAGGCAUGCGGAGAGCAUGAACUGUUAUGUGGUUGGAAGUUGCAUGGGCCUCGAAGACGCCGCCGCCCUCGAGAUCCUUUUCUCGAAGUGGCAAGCUACCGAUAGCAUCUCCAAACGUCUAGAACUCUACAACCAGCUCCGAAGACCGCGAAGUGCUGUCGCACAAUUGACGUCCAACGCCGGCAUGCACGGGCAGACUCAAGCUCAGGUUGAUGCGGCCGUGCGUGAAUUUUGGAAGGGUCCGCCAAUGCCCUACCCCGUCAUGCAUUGGAGUGCACCGGUACAGAAGUUCUUCUAUGGGUAUAAUGCCUUUGCUGAGGCCGAGAAGGCGAUGAAAUUUAAGGAUGCCGAGGGAGGGUUGCCGGAUGGUGUGGUUCAGCAUUUCGGUGACCCGACUGCGGCCUGA